AUGGCUGAGGAGCGCGAGCGACAGGUCCGACAGAGCGAGAGAGUGCUCGCGGCGGUGACGGCUGCCGAGCGCGAGGAGCAAAGGGAACAGGAGCGCCGGCGUCAAGAGAAGCGUCGACGGCUCUUCUCCGGCGAGGCGCCGCUGACCCUCGAGGCGCUCAAGAAAGACAAGGAACUGGGGUAUGUCCUCGACGAGUUGAUUCAGCGGAAACGCGUCGAAAAACAAAGACACGGCACGCUGACUCUCCCUUUCAAAAACCGGUUCCCCCUGCGGCUCCUCCGCGUAGGGACGGAGCUGUACGGCCGCGUCAAGAAAAUCCUGCCUUUUGGCUGUCGCCUCGACGUCGGGUGUAUCGACACCUCGGCGCUGCUGCACGUGCGCGACAUGGCGGAGAUCACGGCGGCCAAGUCGGCAGGCGCCGCGUUCGCGCGGGAGGCGCGGGACGGCGCCGAAAGCGACGAAAUAGACUGCGGGAGUCGGCGAGACAGGCAUCCUCUCGAGAACGCGCCGAGACCCGGAAGGCGCUCGCCGUUUGUCGCGCAGGACGAAAAAAGGCGGAACAUGAGUGCCGCAGGAUUCGCACAGGACGAUCAAGAACACCUCGCACAGCACUGGAUUCAGUACCCCGGCACCGUUCUCAGACAAGGCCAGCUGGUCCGAGUGUACGUGAAGCACGUCGACCGGUCGAAGAACGUCCUCGCCGUCUCCACACGCCCCCCUUACUCUUCUUCGUUUGCUUUUUCCUCCUCUUCUUCCUCUUCUCCCUACUCUUCCUCUUCUUCCUCUUCGUUUUCGGCUCCGACUGUCUCUCUCGCGUCGGAGUAUCGAGGCGACCUGACUGGGGAGGAAAUCCGGGAGCGCGAGGAGGCGCGGCGCGCGCAGGGUCGAGGCAGUUUCGCAGACUUUUUCGUUGGGCAGGAGGUCGAGGGCCGCGUCACGCGCGUGACGUACAUGGGGCUGUUUGUGGACGUGAACGGCGAGGAAGACGCGUUCAUCCACUUCUACGAGCUGCACAGGCACCGCAUGCAGCGGCUGAGCAACGCGGACAGGCAGAGGCUCGAAGCCGCGCGGAAACAGUUUGAUCCCGUCGCGCUGGAGGUGCUCCGAUCGGCGGAGAAAGUUGUCACGGAGGAGGUCGAAGAGGCUGAAAAACGGAGACAAAGAGAAGGAGCAGAGGCCGGGUACAGCCGCCUCGCCGCUCUCCGCGAGAUGUUUGCGGAGAAGGACGACCGUCCAGAUGCUGACGAAGAGGCGAAGAAAAAGUCCGCAGAGAGACGCGAACGCGAAAUGCGCGAAAAGAAGUGGAUCUACAACGUCGGCGAAUGGGUCACAGACUUGCGCGUUGCCUCCAUCGACGCCAGGCGAAAACGCAUGCAGUUGAGUCGCCGCCCGGCCUCCGAGCUGCUUUCGCGGUGGCGAGAGAAGCUGCGAGAAGAGCAGCGAGAAGUGUUGACGCCCCAGCAGCGUGAAGGGUUGAGGAAGCAGGAAGAAGCUGAGGAAGAAAACGAAGCGAUGAAGGCGCUACGGCGACAGCGGGAAGAGGAGCUUGCACUGAAAGUCUACCGUCAAUACAAAAAGAAGAUGGCAGCGAUGGCGCGCGAGAGAGAAGGGAAGAAGGAUCUGUCCCUCGAUGGGAGGCUCAGUUCCGAGGAGGGCGAGGCGCCGCAGGACGGCCGAGACGCGAGAGAAAAAGAGGAGAAGGAAGCCGCGCAUGCAGACCCGAUAGCCAGGAAGAAAGCUGAGCAGAUGCGGCGAUUCAAGAGCUUUGGCAUCGACAUUUUCGAAGCGAAAAGAGACGAAGAAGAAAUCCGAGAGGCGAUGGAGUACCUCCAACGAUGGCGCACCGCCUACGCGCAUCGGCGAAUGCAAGAAGCCGCCUACAAAGAGAAAAAAAGGCUGCAAAGGUUGCAACGCAAAGCGCCGGAUGAAAUGUCGAUUCAGGACGCGUGGCGUCUGGCGUCGACGAUCGAUGAAGAGAUAGGACUGAAGGAUUUGGUGGCCGACGCUCGGAAACACGCCCAGAUGUCGGGAGUACGUACACUGCAGCUGCCGGACUUCUCGGGCCGCUACCCCAAAAUGAAAGAAGUGGAGCCAGAGGAACUCGAUCAGUUCUAUCCGGGUGUCCUUUCUGAAUCGUCCGACGAGGCCGCGAAGGACAGAGUCAACGAGGAGGCUGAGGAGAACCAGGAAGAAGACGGCGGUGGUGGACCCGCGUGGACUGCGGAAAGAGAAGAGAGCAGAGGAGAGGGAAAUGAGGAGACCAACAGAGUAGACAACGAGCAAAGAGGGCGCGAAGGCGCACAGGAGACAGGGGACGUAAAGGCGGAAGAAACGGCUGGGGACGAGCAAAAGGAAAAAGAUGAGAGGCUACCGGAGGAGAUGAGAGGAGGAGACCAGCACCGCCAGUUUGGAAGCGAAGGAGAGAGGCGGGAGAGGCUCGCGGGCUUAGAGAGAGAUUGGAGAAUGGAAUCCAGGAGACACGAGACAGAACGACGGACGGAGGACAAAGAGCAAGGCGACUUUUUUGGCCGGGCACUUGAAAAGAUGCGACUUCGGACGGAGUUGAAACUAAAAGAGGAGGCAACCCGAGGGCAACAACAACGACAAGAGCGCCUGUGGAUGCCGCAUACACCCAGCGAAGAAGUCGAGGAAGGGACCGUCGCAGACGCGAACUGCAUGCAGGCCUCCCAAGAGGAGAGAGGGGAACGUGGCGGGAUAGAACAGCGUGGCGAGAAGGCAGAGACAAGAGAGAAGAAAGAGACGGGGACAGGGUACAGCGAGGGGAGUGACCACAGAGGAGAGGCUGAACCGCCAAAGACGGAGGCGGAAGAGGGAGAUGCGAACGCGGGAGAAAAGAAAGGCGAGAUGCCUGUCCCGCCGGCACCAGAUGAGUUUGUGAACGUCGGGAAGAAUCCGGCGUUGCGCGUUUUGCGCGACCUCGCGCUCGCCACGAGUCGACAGGCCCCCGCAUCGAAAAAGAAGGAAAGAGAUUUCACUGAUGAAGAGCGAGCGGCGGUCCUGAAAGACCUCCGCAUGCACGCGAUCGAGGGCUUCAAGCAGAUGCAAAAACAACCCGCGAGAAAGACCAAGGGGGGGAAAGACAAGCGCAAGAAACAAGAAGCCUGGGCGAACCAGGUGUUCCUCGAAGCCGAGGAAGAAGAAGACGACUGGCGAGACAAAGUCAAAGCAGGCAAGCCUGCCGCACCCAUGGAGCUUCGUGGAAGGCACUCAGCCGACGAGACAAAGAGUUACCGGGACGAGACCGACGAGGCCUUCGACGAAGUGUUGAGUGCAUUAGGGAUCGAAGACUUGACGGAGGAGGUGUUGGAAGAGGCGCGAAAGCGACAGAUGCUCCGAAAGCUCCAGGCGGACCGCUCGGACCUCGCUGGCGACGUGAAGAAGAUUCUUCGGUCGCUCGUUGCGCAAAGAGAUCGACAGGAAGUUCGAGCCUUCGAGGAGGCUGCCGGCGAAGCGACUACGUCUGAGAGCGACUGGGAAGCGAAGGCGACAGCGGCUCAGCGACUCCUCUUCCAAGGCUCCGAGGCUUCGUGGAGAAAGGAAAUCGAGGACGAAUUCGGCGAACCUGAUGUGCUGGAUAAGUCUGACAAGAAAAUCCAGGAGACGCUUUUGAGGGAGGCAGAGCGCGCGGAGAAGAAGAUGCGCAAGCAGGAAAGGAAGGGAAGACGAAGCGUGGGACAGCUGAACAAGACGGCCCAGGCUGGGGCGCGACAGGAGACAGGGACAGACAGCUCAGACGACGUCGAGAACACGCGAGAUACGCAAGAGCGGGCCGAGACGCCAGAGGGGGAAAGCGACGAAGAAGAGGCGCUCCGCGACUUCUUGAGCAGCGUCGACGAGGAAGGGUUUGCGGACGCGUCCUGCGGCGAAGGCGAGGCGGGCGAGGCACAGACAGAAGCGCGGCGGCGAGCGGAAAGCGACUGCUGGUGGGAAUACGGCUCCGUGGUGGACGAGACCCCAGAUGAGGCAGAGCGGCAAGACGCUCGAGAUGCUGGAGACGCUGGAGACGGAGAAGGGAGACAGGUGGCGGGAUGCGACGCGCAGGGAGAGGAGCAAACAGACAGAGACAGAGGCGAGGACGUUGCCUUAUCGCAAGAAUUCGGAGGCGACGCAGCGGCGAAGGAAUGGAAAAGACAGAGACGGAGAAUGGAGGAAAGCGAUUUCGACGAAAACGCGUUCCUGAGUGAAAUUGAACAAGACCUGCAGGACGUCCUCGCCCAAGCUGGAGGAGAGGAAGAAGACGAGGAAGCAGACGAGGCCGACUGGACAGCCGAGGAGAACUACAGGGACAGCGAGGAUACAGGAAAGGGGAAACCAGGGGGUUGUCUGCAACAAACGGGGCGGAGACUUGCCGUCGAAGCAACGGAGGAUGAGGAGUUCUCUAUCCCUUCUUGGCUUUCUUCUUCCUCUCCAGGUGCUUCCUGUCCAGAUUCUUCCUCUGCUGAGGCUUCGUCUUCUCGUGCGCACCGCCUUCGGUUUUCCCUUUCUCCGGAGGACGCAGACGGCGGCAUGCGAGACGCCGAAAGAGAAGGCGAGUCACCGGUGGAGAAGGGGGCGAGCGGAGGAGAAAGAGGGGACAGUGAGGACGAGGCUCCUCCGAGGCGUGCGCAUGCGCCGUCGGACGACGUGUGGAAUGCAACAGGCUGUGACGGCCUGGCUGCGUCGGAGCCUCCGAUAGGUCGCCUUUCUUCCUUCGUCGCUGGUUCGUCCUCAUCCUCGCUCUCUCUCUCUGCGAGCAGAGGCGCUCUCGCGCCCCAUCAACUCUCCCCGUCGUCGCCUGCUUCCGCUUCGCCGUUUUCCUUGGGGCUGUCUUCUCUGUCUGCGGCUUCAGAGGAAAGACGUUCCGUGUCGGGGGAGUCUGGGCGUUUUCCGCCGGACCCGCCGUCCCCAGUUUGUCGCCUCGAGGUGGAACACAGAAGGGCUGAAAGCCUCGAAACGCCAGGCGCCGCGAAGGCCGGCAAGCAGGGGGGUGCCGGAAGUCCCGAGGCACAUACCAACGCGGAGCUCGUGUGGCAAACGAGGCUGAGUUCGCGUGCGCGUCUUCUUCCAUCUUUAGACCCGCUUUCGCCUGCGCUUUCCUCUGCGCUUUCGUGUCCGCCCGUCCCUUUGUCUCCUGCAUCUCGAAAUGCACCCGCGUCGCCCUCUGAGGCGCCAUCCCCUCUGUCGGAAAUCCCGCACCUCUCCGCGAGUCCGGCACUUGUGUCUGUGGAUCCUUCUUCAGCUUCGGUUUCAUCUUCUUUACUCUCUCGCGAGGAGCAGCUUGUUCGCAGAGCUGUGCUCUCCAUGGCGGAGGAACAUCGGCGCGAAAAGGAGAAACGAGACCGCACUAAGCGAAGGCGAGGCACGGCGGCGGAGGCGCCUGUGGACGAAGAUGGCGGGGACGUGCGCGAGAACGCGAAACGGCCGAUGAACGCACUGCUGGAGGAAGAACGCGAGCGAAAACGGAAGGAACAAGAGACUUCCGACUUCCAUCGUCGCCACGCUGCGAAACUGGCGGCGGCGUACGCCCUCCGCCUCCCGCAGCGGCCUGUACGUACACUGGAAGACCUCAAGCGACUGCACCGUGCACAGCGCAGGGAGGCAGAAGCGAAGGAACAGGAAGCGCGCGCGCGAGAGAAGCUCGAGGCGAAGAAGGAGGAGCGGAAACAGCGCCGAGCACGUGCUGCGAAGCGGCGCGAACAGGAGGGGGACGGAGACACGGAAGAGUUGUUCACAGAGAAAAAGCCUCGAAGCGAAAGCCCCCAUAGAAUUCUGUUAGAAGCCGCACGCCGCAGCCACGAGAGAGGCGUCUUUGGGCACAUGCUCGGCACCCUGCACUCCGAUGACACGCAGGCGAAAAAGCGAGAGGCGCGCGUGCUGCGGCAUGCCGGAGAGGACGCAGGUGCGCCCGACCGCGAUAAGGAAUAG